GCUGCAGUCGUCAGAAAACGGAAAUUUAUGGGAAAUAAUACACUACGUCUUUGUUUUUCUUGUUUACUAAGAAAAUAGAUUUGAUGUGAAGGAGCGAAAACUGGAAAAGGAUUUAAAAAUCUUUCUUUGACGAUUUUUUUUUUCCUUCGUCUGUUCUCAGAAUUUAAUCUUACAAUAAUGGCGUUCCUGCAGCCCUCUCGGAAAUGGCGUUUUCUUUUCUGCUUUCAGUGGAUACAGGCUGUUUUGCUGUUUUUUUCAUCCCUUACGGUUUCUGGACAUAUACGCUACUCUAUUCCAGAGGAGAUGAAGAAGGACUCUCUUAUCGGUCAUAUAGCACAGGAUUUAGGUUUGGACCUGAAAAGACUCCGUUCUGGUCGAGCCCGCAUCGUGACCGGAGAGAGCGUCCAGUACACCGAGCUGAAGGUAGACAAAGGGACUCUCGUAGUGAGUGAAAGGAUAGACCGAGAGCAGCUUUGCGGAGAGGUAGCCUCGUGCAGUUUCAGCUUUGAAGUGAUAUUGGAAAACCCGAUGGAGCUGCAUCCUGUGACAAUAGAAGUGCUGGAUGUGAAUGAUCAUAGCCCCGUGUUUAAGAAAACGCAUAUUAUGUUAGAGAUCAGUGAGUCCGCUAAUCUCGGAGCUCGGUUUGUGUUGGACAGUGCGGAGGAUCCUGAUGUGGGCGUCAAUGGCUUGCAAAAUUAUAUCUUAACCCCGAACGAGAAUUUCGUUUUAAAGCAGCAUGUCAGUCCGGAAGGGAGUAAAUAUGCAGAGAUGGUUCUGCAGAAGCAACUUGACCGAGAAGUGGCACCGCGUUUAUCUUUAAGACUUAUGGCGCUCGACGGUGGCAAUCCACAAAGAUCUGGUACGGUGAAUAUAGAUAUAAAGGUUUUAGAUGUAAAUGAUAAUGCUCCCGUUUUUAACCAAUCUGUGUAUAAGGCAACUGUCACGGAAAAUGCGGCAGCUGGCACUCAUGUUGUUACUGUAAAUGCUACAGACGCAGACAGCGGAACGAACGGUCACAUCACAUAUUCCGUUUCAAACGCAAAGAGCAACAUCGCUGAAUUGUUGUCCAUUAAUCCGCAUUCUGGGGUGUUAUCUGUCGCUGGAAAUAUAGAUUUCGAAAAGGAUAAGAAGUAUGAAAUUCGAAUUGAUGCAAAGGAUCAAGGCGGUCUCACCGAUUCCAGUAAAGUGAUUAUUGAAGUUGUCGACGUAAAUGAUAACGCCCCUGUCAUAAACGUGAUGUCCUUUACUAGUCCCGUGUCAGAGGAUUCUCCUCCUGGAACAACUGUUGGUAUCAUUAAUGUCAAAGACCUGGAUUCGAGCGAUAACGGACAAGUGAGCUGCAAGAUCGAAGGGAAUGCUCCUUUUAGGAUAAAUUCUAAUUUAAGAAAUUACUACACUUUGACAACAGAUUCUGUAUUAGACCGUGAAAGUGUUUUAGAAUAUAAUAUCACCGUCAUUGCCACUGACAGCGGAAAACCCCCGCUUUCAGCUAAAAGAAUCUUUAAUUUAAAAGUCUCUGAUGUAAACGAUAAUGCACCAGUUUUUUCACAAACUGCUUACAACGCUUUUAUAGGAGAGAAUAAUUCGCCAGGUGUCUCGGUUCUUGCACUGUCAGCUAAAGACCCUGAUGAGAAUCAAAACGCUCGUAUAUCCUACACUUUGGAUCACAUAACGUUUGCUGGGUCACCAAUAACUGAAUAUGUUUCUGUAAAUGUGGAAAGUGGAGUCAUACAGGCGGUACGCUCAUUUGAUUAUGAACAAAUUAAAGAGUUAGCUUUUAUUGUGACAGCACAAGAUGGAGGCUCUCCUCCACUGAGCAGCAACGUGACUGUGAAAAUCCGGAUUCAGGACCAGAAUGAUAAUCCACCCCAGAUUCUGUAUCCAGUCCAGACUGGGAGCUCGAUGGUGGCUGAAAUGGUGCCUCGUUCAGCGGAUGUGGGCUACCUGGUGACUAAAGUGGUGGCUGUGGAUGUGGACUCUGGACAGAAUGCCUGGCUCUCCUACAAACUCCAGAAAGCCACAGACAGAGCGCUGUUUGAAGUGGGCUUACAGAAUGGAGAAAUAAGAACUAUCCGUCAGGUGACUGAUAAAGAUGCUGUGAAACAAAGACUGACUGUCAUAGUGGAGGACAACGGGCAGCCCUCUCGUUCAGCUACAGUCAUUGUUAACGUGGCGGUGGCGGACAGCUUCCCUGAAGUGUUGUCGGAGUUCACUGACUUUCCUCACGAUAAGGAAUACAAUGACAACCUGACUUUUUACUUAGUGUUGGCUCUGGCUGUGGUUUCCUUCCUCUUCAUCACGUGUUUAGUGGUUAUUAUAUCAGUGAAGAUCUACAGAUGGAGACAGUCUCGCAUCCUGUAUCACUCCAGCCUCCCUGUGAUUCCAUAUUAUCCACCUCGUUACUCAGACACUUUGGGAACAGGAUCUCUGCCACACGUGUAUAAUUACGAGGUUUGCAGAACGACUGACUCCAGAAAGAGUGACAUGCAACCAAGGAAUCAAAGCUUAGUGAGUGUCGAUGGACUUGAAACGGAUACACCGCAAGUGGAAGAGCAUCUUACAAAACAUAGCUUGCAGACGCUGACUUUGAUGAGCUCGGUAACGGCUCAGGCUCGGUAUUCCGUACCGGAGGAACAAUCAGAGGGGUCUUUUGUUGGAAACAUUGCCAGGGAUUUGGGCUUGGAUUUGCAGAGGCUUGUGGGAGGUAAUGCUCGUAUUAUUACUAAAGACAGCCAACAGUAUGUGGAUUUAAACCGAGAGAAAGGUAUUCUUGUUAUUAAAGAGCGAAUUGACCGAGAAGAGCUGUGCGGAAAGACGACGCCCUGUAGCUUCAGCUUCGAGGUGAUUUUAGAAAACCCUAUAAAACCAACCCGACGGAGGCACGUUCAUUGA